UGGGUUGGUUUGAAGAAUCUAAGAGGGCUAUUUCUGGCAUUUCCACUAUUCCACCAUGAUUUCCUUGAGAGACUUGCUCUGUCGCCCAGGCCAGAGUGCAGUGGCGCGAUCUUGGCUCACUGCAAGAGCUCCGCCUCCCGGGUUCACGCCAUUCUCCUGCCUCAGCCUUCCGAGUAGCUGGGACUACAGGCACCCGCCACCAUGCCCGGCUAAUUUUUUGCAUUUUUAGUAGAGACGGGGUUUCACCGUGUUAGCCAGGAUGGUCUCGAUCUCCUGACUUCGUGAUCCGCCCGCCUAGGCUUCCCAAAGUGCUGGGAUUACAGGCCUGAGCCACCGCGCCCGGCCUUUUCCACCAUGAUCUCUACCCCUCCUCCCGAAUGUUACUGGUGUAACUAUGACAACAAGCACGCGCUGCUCAAGGCUCAAUUUUCCAGCCGUUACCGACCUCCACUGCGUCACUGUCCGCUACCCAGAGACUCUGAGGCGGAUCCCCCAGCCCAGUCUCAGAUUGCUCCCCCUUGGCCCGAGGGCAAGGAGCCACAGGACAGUAUGGCCAAAGCGGCGGCCUCCUCAUCGCUGGAGGACUUGGACCUAAGCGGAGAGGAGGUCCAGCGGCUCACCUCCGCCUUCCAGGACCCGGAGUUCCGGCGAAUGUUUUCCCAGUACGCCGAGGAGCUCACCGACCCGCAGAACCGGCGGCGCUACGAGGCGGAGAUCACUGCGCUAGAGCGUGAGCGCGGGGUGGAGGUGCGGUUCGUGCACCCGGAGCCGGGCCACGUGCUGCGCACCAGCCUGGACGGAACACGGCGCUGCUUCGUGAACGUCUGUAGCAACGCGCUAGUGGGCGCGCCCAGCAGCCAGCCCGGCUCCGGUGGCGACCGGGGCGCAGCUCCUGGCAGCCACUGGUCCCUGCCCUACAGCCUGGCGCCCGGCCGCGAGUACGCGGGGCGCAGCAGCAGCCGCUACAUGGUCUACGACGUGGUCUUCCAUCCAGACGCGCUCGCGCUGGCCCGGCAGCACGAGGGCUUCCGCCAAAUGCUGGACGCUACGGCCCUGGAGGCCGUCGAGAAGCAGUUCGGCGUGAAGCUGGACCGCAGGAAUGCCAAGACCCUGAAGGCGAAGUAUAAGGGGACCCCGGAGGCUGCGGUACUGCGCACGCCCCUGCCCGGGGUCAUCCCGGCAAAGCCUGAGGGGGAGCCGAAGGGUCCUCUCCCGGACUUCCCCUACCCUUACCAGUACCCGGCAGCCGCCAGGAACUCUGCAGCCCCCGGGCCCCGGGCGCCCUCCCCUCCGGAAGCGGCCUUGCAGCCCGCCCCCACCGAGCCUCGCUACAGCGUGGUGCAGCGCCACCACGUGGACCUCCAGGAUUACCGCUGCUCAAGGGACUCAGCCCCGAGCCCCGUGCCCCAUGAGCUGGUGGUCACCAUCGAACUGCCGCUGUUGCGCUCGGCCGAGCAGGCGGCGCUGGAGGUCACAGGAAAGCUGCUGUGCCUCGACUCAAGGAAACCCGACUACCGGCUGCGGCUCUCGCUCCCGUACCCAGUGGACGAUGGCCGUGGCAAGGCACAAUUCAACAAGGCCCGGCGGCAGCUGGUGGUUACGCUGCCAGUGGUGCUGCCGGCCGCGCGCCGGCAGCCCGCCGUCGCGGCCGCCGCCGCCGCGCCGGAAGAGUCCGCCGACCGGUCCGGAACUGACGGCCAGGCCUGCGCUUCCGCUCGCGAGGGGGAGACGAGACCCACGGGGAGUCGCGCCGAGGACGGAGGCCGCGAUACCUGCGUGGCUGGGGCUGCGGGCUCCGGGGUCACCACCCUGGGCGACCCCGAGGUGGCGCCUCCGCCGGCCGGCGCUGGAAAGGAGCGUGCCCCCAAGCCGGGGGAGCAGGACUUGAGCAGGCACGCGGGGUCACCGCCGGGCAGCGUGGAGGAGCCAUCUCCCGGAGGAGAAAACUCACCUGGUGGCGGAGGCUCCCCUUGUUUGUCCUCCCGGGGCCUGGCCUGGCAGUCUUCUGCAGGAAGAGAGAGUGGGCGCGGAGAUAGCAGUGUGGAAACGCGCGAGAAGUCGGUGGGCUCAGGCGGCGAGCGCUCAGCCCGCGCCAUGGGUGGUCCCGGGACCAAGAGCGGGGAGCCUUUGUGUCCUCCGUUACUGUGUAAUCAGGACAAAGAAACCUUGACUCUGCUCAUUCAGGUGCCUCGGAUCCAGCCGCAAAGUCUUCAAGGAGAUUUGAAUCCCCUCUGGUACAAAUUACGCUUCUCCACACAAGACUUAGUUUAUUCCUUCUUUUUGCAAUUUGCUCCAGAGAAUAAAUUGAGUACCACAGAACCUGUGAUUAGCAUUUCUUCAAACAAUGCAGUGAUAGAACUGGCAAAAUCUCCAGAGAGCCGUGGACAUUGGAGAGAGUGGUAUUAUGGUGUAAACAACGAUUCUUUGGAGUUGCAAGAAUGUAGUAACUCUGAUCACCUACAAGGAAAGGAGGAAAGAGUAAAUGAAGAAAGUCAUCUAACUGAAAAGGAAUAUAUAGAACAUUGUAACACCUCUACAACUGAUUCUGAUUCAUCUAUAGCAGUUAAAGCACUACAAAUAGAUAGCUUUGGUUCAGUUACAUGCUUUCAACAAGAGUCUCUUGAUGUUUCUCAAAUGAUACUUGGAAAAUCUCAGCAACCUGAGUCAAAAAUGCAAUCUGAAUUUAUAAAAGAAAAAAGUGCUACUUGUUCAAAUGAGGAAAAAGAUAACUUAAACGAGUCAGUAAUAACUGAAGAGAAAGAAACAGAUGGAGAUCACCUAGCUUCAUUACUGAACAAAACUACAGUUCACAAUAUACCUGGAUUUGACAGCAUAAAAGAAACCAAUAUGCAGGAUGGUAGUGUGCAGGUCAUUAAAGAUCAUGUGACCAAUUGUGCAUUCAGUUUUCAGAAUUCUUUGCUAUAUGAUUUGGAUUAAUUCUAUAUAAUUUUGGACUUUUAAAUAUUAAGGUUAAAAAAUGCCUGUAUCUAAAAUUGAUUCUGUUAACUGUUGUCUUAAAACUUAAAGGUAUUAAAGUAUAAAAUUAAAAUUUGCAAUUUUUUUUAAAAAAUUCUAAUUUUUAUUCUCAUGGGGGAAAUUGGAGAUAAUUUUUUUUUUUGCCUCUGGAGUUUAAAGUUUCCUUAUGCAGAUAAGUUUUGUGAUUCCUGUAAUGGAUGUGUAUGUUUUCUAUUUGAGAGUUAAAACAUUUAGUUUUAAUACAACCUAUGUGUAUAUACUUCUGUGUUAAAUUUUGCUUUGUCAUUACUUUAAUAAAAUUUCAAAAUAAA